AUGCGCAAAAGUACGGUCGACAACUUCUGCAUGCAGCCUCAAAGAAAGCGUUCUAGCGGUGACCUCCCAGUUCUCUCCGGGGAGGACACGGUGAAGUGCACGGUGCUGGAGGCCGCAGGUGACGGCAAUUGCUCACUUCACAGCAUCUACAGGCUGCUGUACCCCGAGCGAGAUAGCGUCGUGGGUGCAACACCAGAGGAGAUAACAGAGACUCACCAAGAAAUGGUGGAAAUGGCAGCAGUUGCUUUCACUGAGGACUACGGUCAGUUACUGGCCAACACGGUGUCCGAGGAAGAAAUGCUAAGGUUGUCCAAUCUCAACUUCGACAAGGGUUUCUACCGAAAACGCACCUCCUCAUCCGGUCGAGCUACAAGACGCCAACCAGUGAAGACUGUGCGAGAGGUGGUAGAGGACAUCCACAAACAACUGGGGUACGAUUAUUUGGCGGUAUGUCAACUACUGGCGUUGGUAGCUGAGGUGAAGGAGUGCAAUAUCGUGGUCUGGGAAGCAAAAGCUGGAGGUGGGCUUCGAAUCGUGGAAAUAGGCGAGACCAUGGGCUGUUUCGUUGGCAAUCUUUUUGAGAAGGAUUUUCUGCACCUGGUCAACGUGGCUGAAACAAAGCUGAACCACUUCAGCGCUAUCGUGAUCCCACAAGAACUCGUGCCGUGGGCGUUGCCGUACAUGCUCGCACGUGGUUCCUCCGGCGAGUCUGGUUUUGGGCAUAGGAAGGCUGCAGACGAUAUUUGCCCGUGUCCAACCACAUCGGACAAGCCUACGACGAAACACCGGGGCUCUCCCAUUGCUCUCGACACUGAUGAUGAUGACGAAACCGAGAUAAACAGCAGCGUGCGAUUUCCCUGUUCUGCUGGAGGCGCCCGGUCAGUCACAACCGCACCCACCGGCGUAUCAAAGCCAGAGGCGCCGCCGGGGAAAGCGGCGAUCAAGCCCGCCACACUUCCGUCUGCCAGCAGCAUGUCGGCGACGACUGGGGCGAAUGAGACGCCGACGCCGGCGGAAACGCCAACCAAGCUCGCCAGCAGCAAAGCGCAAGAGCUGUCUCCAGAUGCGGCGAAGUCGGAGACGCUAGAGGGAGGUGCUGCCGGCCGCUGCGGGGCCGAGGCGAAAUCACCCUGUGGUAUGCUCUGUAGCAUGCACAGUAACAAGGGUGGCCAAACCCGUACUUGCGGUAGGGGUGAAAACGGCGGUGAUGACGAAACGGAAUACGUACAGAACCCUGAUGGGUACGAGGAGAUGAGUGACGGGGGUAGUGACGGCGAGAUUCCGGGGGACUUGGCAGACUAUGACGAGCCGUCCGAGGGCUGGGGAAAGGCGGCUCUGAAGGUCGUCUUCGAGUUGGUACAACACAUACAUGACUUCCAAAACGACCGCAAGGUAAGGAUGUGUGCAUUGAUAUUUCUAGGAUUUAUAUUUUUCGGUAAACACUCGCCACUUUCCGGUGUGAUGUGUUGUCGUUUGGGACGACAACGGCAGCACGAAAGCUACAGAGGUAGGACUUCGUUCGGCGAAAUCUCAAGUUUGAUGUACACGGAGUGUUGA